UUUAAUGCAAUUCAAAAUACUGUAUAAAAGACGGGGGCGACCGCUAUUGGCGUAGGUUGAAGUCACGAAGUCAUCGAAGCGGCGGUACCUCAAGCAGCAGUUUUUGGAGAAUAACACGAUAAGAUGUCCACUCCAACUAUCCAAGCUCAUCUGUCGCCCGAAUGGAAACUUCCUUUAGUUAAAAAUUAUCAAGAAGAUAAACUAGAAUUGGCUUUCCUGAAAGAUAAAAACCCGCAAUCGCACGAUUUAAUGAUCAUCGCCGCCGAAACGGGAUUAGAUAUUCAGGAAGUUAAGGUGUGGUUCGAACAUAGAUUGGCAAAAUGGAGACAAUCUCAGGGUCUGCCUGCUAAUGGAAGUUUUGUUAAUGCCUGACGUAAAUUGUUAUUCUCGUAUAAUAGAGAAUAUUGUUUUUUAAAUUUAUUAUUAUUAUUAAUAAAAUUUUAUAAGCUACAUGCUAAUUAUAAAUAUAGUGUAAGUUAUUUAAAUUUAUUGCUUAAAAGAGUUAUAUAUCGAGACGGUAAAACAAUGAGUAUUGUAUAGAUCGUGAUUUAUAUUUUUUUAAUUGAAAAUUUCACCAGAAAAAAGGUUAAUAAAAUUUAUUAUUUAUUAAAUAAUCAAGAUUGGUGUUUAAUUUUAAUAAAAUGUGAAUUUAU